CUCAUUAUGUUGGUCCUCAAUAACACCAGUGCUCAGCCUCUGACCUUCCUCUUGAUGGGUAUCCCAGGCCUGAAAGCAGCCCAGGUCUGGAUCUCCGUCCCUGUUUGUCUCCUGUAUGUUAUCGCCCUCUCUGGGAACAGCAUGAUCCUAUUUGUGAUCCUCCGUGAGCAGAGGCUCCAUGAGCCCAUGUAUCAUUUCCUCUGUAUGCUUUCAGCCACAGACCUGAGCUUGUCCCUCUGCACACUUUCCACUACCCUUGGUGUCUUCUGGUUUGAAGCCCGAGAGAUCACCUUAAACGCCUGCAUUGCCCAGAUGUUCUUUCUCCAUGGAUUUACUUUCAUGGAGUCUGGAGUUCUGCUGGCCAUGGCCUUUGAUCGUUUUGUGGCUAUCUAUGACCCACUGAGAUACACCACCAUCCUCACCAAUGCCAGGAUUGCCCAGAUUGGGGUGAGCAUGUUGAUAAGGAAUGUUGCCAUCAUGUUACCAGUUGUGCUCUUUGUCAAGAAGCUGUCCUUCUGCAGUUCUACAGUCCUUUCACAUUCUUAUUGCUACCACGUUGAUCUCAUUCAACUUUCAUGCACAGACAACAGAAUCAACAGCAUCCUUGGUUUGAUCGCACUCUUCUCCACAGCAGGGUUUGACUGCCCUUGCAUCUUGCUCUCCUAUGUCCUGAUCAUCCGAUCUGUCCUCAGCAUUGCUUCCUCAGAGGGGCAGCAGAAAGCCUUCAACACCUGCGUAUCUCACAUCAGUGCUGUUGCCAUCUUCUACAUCCCUCUCAUCAGCUUGUCUCUUGUCCAUCGCUAUGGCCAUUCAGCACCUCCAUUUGUCCACACCAUCAUGGCCAAUGUCUUCCUGCUCAUCCCUCCUGUGCUCAACCCUAUCAUCUACAGUGUGAAGACUAAGCAGAUUCGAAAGGCUAUUGUCAAGGUCUUAAUUCAGAAGCGGCUCUGUAUCUAG